UCGGCGGCAGUUGAGAGGCGGGGGUGAGGGUGAGGGGGUGCGGCGAGCGACUCGUGGGUGAUGUAAACAUGGCCUUCCUCGGCACAAUACCCCGGCACUGGCGAAGCAUAGCCCACGUGUCUAGGCAGAGGAGCUACAGCUUAGCCAGACACGUUACCGUUAAUCAUCAUGUUCAUGCGAUCCAGGUGCAUGAACGACCCAAGGCUGCUAUCGUGCUGGGUGUCAGGAGGGGCCAGGCCCUCGCCCACCCCAGCCUGGUCCCGCAGAUGCUAUGCAGGAACUAUUGUUCCAGGCCUGGAGACGAUGGAGAGGGAACCAGCGGUGGAUUGCCAAAUGAGGAGGGGGCUGGUGGUGGACCGGAGGGGCCUGUAAUGCACAAUCUACCAGCAACUAUGGCAGUGCCUGAGGUGUGGCCCAAUGUGCCUGUCAUUGCUAUCAACAGGAACCCUGUAUUUCCACGUUUCAUCAAGAUAAUCGAAAUAUCUGACAAAGAGCUUGUGAAUUUAAUAAGAAGAAAAGUUCGAUUAAAUCAGCCUUAUGCUGGAGUCUUCAUGAAGAAAAAUGAAAGUGAUGAAAGAGAGGUUGUAGACUCCAUGAAUGAAUUGUACCCUGUGGGUACAUUUGUGCAGAUCCAUGAGCUUCAGGACAUGGGAGACAAGUUAAGGAUGAUAGUGAUGGCCCACCGACGCAUAACCAUGACUGCAGUCCUUCCAGACCACCCCAUGGAAGAGGAAGAGGAGUUGGCUAAAUCUGGCAAAACUAAUGUUGAGAUGCGGCUGCCUCCCUAUAACACCCCUGUUACCAUACCUAUGGAGGACAAGACCGGUGGACAGACUGAAGUGAAGGAGAGCCGUGUGCAGAGGAUGUUGAGGCGGAGGAAGCACUCAGAACAGCCAGCACAGCCAGCAGGAGAGGCACCAGAGACUGAUGUGAGCACAGAAGCACCUGAAAAAAUUGAUGCAGCCACCCAGACCCCGCCCACACCUCCUCGAGUGCUGAUGGUCCAGGUGGAGAACGUGACACACGACAAGUUCCAGACAACAGAGGAGGUCAAGGCAUUGACACAAGAGAUUAUCAAAACUAUCCGAGAUAUCAUUGCCUUGAAUCCUCUAUACCGGGAGAGUGUGCAGCAGAUGAUCCAGCACGGCCAGCGUGUGGUGGACAACCCUGUUUACCUGGCUGACCUGGCAGCAUCUCUUACCUCUGCUAACUCUAAUGAGUUGCAGCAGGUCCUUGAGGAGACAAAGAUUCCAGCGAGACUCAUGUUGGCCUUGUCACUGUUGAAGAAAGAAUAUGAACUUAGCAAACUUCAAGCAUCCAUUGCAAAGGAGGUGGAGGAGAAGGUGCGGUCUCAGCACAGGAAGUAUAUGCUGCAGGAACAAUUGAAAGUGAUCAAGAAAGAGUUAGGUAUUGAGAAAGAAGAUAAAGAUGCCAUCGAAGAAAAGUUUCGUGCAAGACUAAAGGAAAAGCAGGUUCCUAAAGCUGUUCAGGAUGUGAUUGAUGAGGAACUCAAUAAACUAGGAUUCCUAGACAACCAUUCCUCAGAGUUCAACGUCACCAGAAACUACCUGGACUGGCUGACCACUCUCCCUUGGGGUAUCACCUCACAUGAGAACCUGGACCUCAAGCAAGCAAGAGAGAUACUAGAUGAAGACCACUAUGGGAUGGAGGAUGUGAAAAAGAGGAUCUUAGAGUUCAUAGCUGUGGCACAACUUAGAGGCACAACUCAGGGAAAGAUCCUUUGUUUCCAUGGACCCCCUGGUGUAGGGAAGACCAGCAUUGCUCGCUCCAUUGCACGGGCCCUCAAUAGAGAGGUCAGGUUCAGUGUUGGAGGCAUGACUGAUGUGGCCGAGAUCAAGGGUCACCGCCGCACAUAUGUUGGAGCCAUGCCUGGGAAGCUCAUUCAGUGCAUUGUUUAUAAAAAGACCAAGACUGAGAAUCCAGUGGUUCUGAUAGAUGAAGUGGACAAGAUUGGCAAAGGUUACCAGGGUGACCCCUCAGCUGCCCUGCUGGAACUGCUUGACCCUGAGCAGAACGCUAACUUUUUGGACCAUUACUUGGACGUUAAUGUUGACCUUUCAAAGGUGCUAUUCAUCUGCACAGCAAACGUUUUAGAGACCAUCCCAGAACCACUACGAGACAGGAUGGAGAUGAUUGAUGUGUCUGGUUAUGUGGCUGAAGAGAAGCGGGCUAUAGCUGAGAGAUACCUCAUUCCUGCUGCACAAAGACUAAGUGGUCUUAGUGAAUCCAAUUUGAGUAUCCAAGAGUCAGCAGUUGAUGAGUUAAUACGGCACUACUGUCGUGAAUCAGGAGUACGGAACCUCCAGAAGCACAUUGAAAGAAUAAUGCGAAGAGCGGCUUACAACAUUGCUAGCGGAGAGAAUGAAAAAGUAGAUGUGGCUGUUGACAAUCUUGAAAGUUUUGUUGGUAAAGCUAAGUUCAGUCACGACCGCAUGUAUGACGAGACUCCCCCAGGCGUGGUGAUGGGCCUGGCAUGGACUGCAAUGGGUGGGUCAACACUCUACAUUGAGACAACAGCACGGACAGUUGAAGGUGACCGUGAAGGCAGUCUGGAGACUACUGGCCACCUUGGAGAUGUCAUGAAGGAGUCCACUCGCAUUGCCUUCACUUAUGCCAAAGAGUUUACCUCAAAGCGCUUUAAUAUUAACUUAUUGGAGAAGUCCAACAUUCAUCUUCAUGUGCCAGAGGGGGCCACACCUAAAGACGGGCCAAGUGCUGGUGUCACCAUUGUAACAGCCAUGGUGUCACUUGCUCAGGGAAAACCAGUGAGACACAACCUGGCUAUGACAGGGGAAGUCUCUCUCACUGGCAAGGUGCUGCCUGUUGGUGGCAUCAAGGAAAAGACCAUUGCGGCCAAGCGUGUUGGAGUAAACUGCAUUGUCCUUCCAGCAGAAAACAAGAAAGACUUCAGUGACUUACCAGAGUUCAUAACAGAGGGUCUUGAGGUCCAUUUUGCUGACCAUUAUGAGGAUGUUUUCAAAGUUGCCUUCCCAGAGUAAGCUGUGUGAGACAGGUUGUUGUUGCAAAUUGUUUUUGUGAUCUUCUGGGUGGAGGUUGUUGUAAAUUGUUUUAAUGGUGUCCUGUGUAAAAAAAAUUAUGAGAAUGACAGCCAGGCAGUUACUAAGAAUCUUCAUCAUGCUUCCUGUAGAUAAAAAUGGCAUAUUGAAUUAGUGUGUGUGUAGAUUUAAUUUUUAUGUACAAUUCUUUGUUAACAUGAACCUGUGCAUGGUAGUGAUGUGAAGGAAAGUGACAUUUCCCUUUUUAAUAAUAUCUUUCUUUUCUUUUUUUACUUUAUGAAGGGGAGUUAGGGGAACAUGGUACCAUCUUCAUCCCUUAAGUUAAGCCAGAUUAGUUGUCAUUCUUUUCUCCAGUUGUAAAUAGGAUAGAAAGCCACACUAUAACCUAACCUAACCUCAGUUAUUGUUCCAUCUGCCACCUUAAAACUUUUAUAAAUUUUCUUAUAUUCAAAUAAGCAUUGAGCUCCAAUUUACUAUAUAUUUUGUUUGUGUCAGCCAUCCAAAUACAGCUACAUUGAUUAUUAUCUUUAAAGACAUUCACAUAGAUUUAAUUUUAUUUACCCUUAAUCUAUGCAGGUAUUAAUAUAUCACCAUUUUCAAGUAUUCCUUCAUUGAUCUCAUUGUAUGCACUCCAAAAAAUUCAUACUAUAUAUAUAUAUAUAUAUAUAUAUAUAUAUAUAUAUAUAUAUAUAUAUAUAUAUAUAUAUAUAUAUAUAUAUAUAUAUAUAUAUAUAUAAGGACAAAUUUAUCAAAUUGGACCAGCUUUAAAUAAGAUUUUACAUAUUACAAUGAAGUAUAGUAAUGUUUCUUCAUCAUAUAAAAAUUUGAACAUAAGCUGUGUACAAAUUACUGCUAAGUUAUGUUUGAAUAUAUUCUCAGACUUUGAGCAUGAUUUGGGAAAAUGCAGAUAUUGGCACUUUCUAUAGAUUUACCAUGCAUAGCUUCAUAUAUUUUUUUAUCAUACAGUACAAGUGUUUAGGAGGAAAUAGCUACAUUUAGUUAAAUUAAACAUUUUAGUUAGAUAUCAGGUUCAUCAACUAACAGUGUACACACAUAAUAGAAUAUUCAUAUUGAAAUGUUGGGACAACAAAAUCUCUUGAGUGUAAUUUCAUUACAUUGUCCUACUGUUAUAAGAGGCAUCUACAAUUUUAUUUUCACAUUUGAAUUGAAAAUAUAUCUAUAUAUUCCUUCUGUU